GCGAGUUCCCGACCAAAAGUGCUCACACGCUGAGCCUGAGCUCCCCAGGCACAAAAUGACGACUGACGAGACCAAAACCGGCAAGGUCUGGACCAGCUGGGCAACUUUCCUCCGCGACCACACCCGUUUCAUGGUCGAGCUGCCCGGCUACCUCGCCGCCUACCUCUGGCCGGGGCGCAGCCUGGACCCAAUCACGCUCGAAUCGGUGAUGCUCACCGUCAACUCCGUCAACACUUGCCCGUACUGCACGGGGCUCCACGGGCAGCUCGCUCGCAUGGCGGGCGCGGAGCCUGAUGCGCAGGCGCCCGCCGUCAAGUACGCCACCACCUUUGCGCACGAGGCGGGCCGAGGAGCGGACGAGCGCGCCGCCUUCGAGUCGCUCUCGAAGGAGCUGGGAGACCGGAAGGCGUCCUCUGUGCGCUCCCUCUGCUGGGCGCUCCUCUGGGGCAAGACGACGGGCAACUCGAUCAACUCGACCCGCAGCAAGCUGCUCUCGCUCGACCUCAUGAGCCUCACCGCCCUCGAGGUGCUCGUGUUCGCGUACUACGGGCCCCUCUUCCUCGUGAUUGGCGUGCUCAACGCGCUGCUCACCAAGGCGCCUCCCGUCCCGCCGUGGGCGUCGACCCUCGUUGGCGCCACGCUGUACGUGCCCCAGAUGAUGCACAUCCUCCCGAUGGGGCUCGCCAGCGUCGCCGCCCGCGGCGGCUCCGUCGCUUGACUCGCCAGACGCGGCGACCGCCACAUCUGUCCACCGCUGCUCUCACGAUCAAGUGAGACACCGCUCUCUGAGAGAAGAUGAGAGAAGCGGGGGUGCCGCACAACGUACAUACCAUGUGAGAGCGAGCUAAAGGUAAAGCCGCGUCCGCACGCAGACGCACGCACGCACGCACCUCCACCGGGUCAGCAGACCAGUCUGGGUCUCUGCACUCUAGGACUGCCAGACGCGUACGUGAUAUGCACUCAAAA